AUGACCACCGCUACGUCCCCCAUCCUGUUGAAAUGGGACCCCAAGAGUCUGGAGAUCCGCACCCUGACCGUGGAGCGGCUGCUGGAGCCCCUGGUCACACAGGUGACCACCCUGGUGAAUACCAGCAACAAAGGGCCCAGCAGUAAGAAGAAGGGGCGCUCCAAGAAGGCCCACGUGCUGGCCCUGUCCGUGGAGCAGGCCACGCAGAACUUCCUGGAGAAGGGCGAGCAGAUCGCCAAGAACAGCCACGAUCUCAAGGAGGAGCUCAUCCUCGCCGUGGAGGAUGUCCGCAAGCAAGGUGAUUCAAUGCGCGUGGCCUCCCAGGAGUUUGCUGACGACCCUUGCUCCUCGGUGAAGCGCGGCACCAUGGUGAGGGCUGCCCGCGCCCUGCUCUCCGCCGUCACCCGCCUGCUCAUCCUCGCCGACAUGGCCGAUGUCAUGAGGUUGCUGGCCCACCUGAAAAUCGUGGAGGAGGCCCUGGAGGCAGUGAAGAAUGCCACCAACGAGCAGGACCUCGCCAACCGCUUCAAAGAGUUUGGCAAGGAGAUGGUGAAGCUCAACUAUGUGGCUGCCCGCAGACAGCAGGAGCUGAAAGACCCUCAGUGCCGGGACGAAAUGGCGGCUGCGCGCGGCGCCCUGAAGAAGAACGCCACCAUGCUCUACACGGCCUCGCAGGCCUUCCUGCGCCACCCGGACGUGGCGGCCACGCGCGCCAACCGCGACUACGUCUUCAAGCAGGUGCAGGAGGCCAUCGGGGGCAUCAGCAGUGCCGCUCAGGCCACCUCGCCCGGCGACGAGAAGCACGGCCACGCCGGCAUCGGCGAGCUGGCCGCGGCCCUCAACGAGUUUGACAACAAGAUCAUCCUGGACCCGCUGACGUUCAGCGAGGCACGUUUCCGCCCCUCCCUGGAGGAGCGCCUGGAGAGCAUCAUCAGUGGCGCCGCCCUCAUGGCCGACUCGUCCUGCACCCGCGACGACCGUCGCGAGCGCAUCGUGGCUGAGUGCAACGCCGUCCGGCAGGCCCUGCAAGACCUGCUGAGCGAGUACAUGAACAAUACUGGCAGGAAAGAGAAAGGAGACCCGCUGAACUCUGCCAUCGACAAGAUGACCAAGAAGACCAGGGACCUGCGCAGACAGUUGAGGAAGGCGGUGAUGGACCACAUCUCAGACUCGUUCCUGGAGACCAACGUGCCGCUGCUGGUGCUCAUCGAGGCGGCCAAGAGUGGCAACGAGAAGGAGGUCAAGGAGUAUGCGCAGGUGUUCCGGGAGCACGCCAACAAGCUGGUCGAGGUGGCUAACCUGGCCUGCUCCAUCUCCAACAACGAGGAGGGUGUGAAGCUGGUGCGAAUGGCUGCCACCCAGAUCGACAGCCUCUGCCCACAGGUGAUCAAUGCGGCCCUCACCCUGGCUGCUCGGCCCCAGAGCAAGGUUGCCCAGGACAACAUGGACGUGUUCAAGGACCAAUGGGAGAAGCAGGUGCGCAUCCUCACCGAGGCCGUCGACGAUAUCACUUCUGUGGAUGACUUCCUGUCCGUGUCAGAAAACCACAUUCUGGAGGACGUGAACAAGUGCGUGAUCGCCCUGCAGGAAGGCGACGUGGACACCCUGGACCGCACGGCGGGCGCCAUCAGGGGUCGGGCGGCCCGCGUCGUUCACAUCAUCAACGCGGAGAUGGAGAACUACGAGCCAGGCGUUUACACCGAGCGCGUUCUGGAGUCUAUCAAGCUGCUGUCUGAGACGGUCAUGCCCCGUUUCGCUGAACAAGUGGAGGUGGCCAUCGAGGCGCUGAGCACAAACCCCCCACAGCCCUUCGAGGAGAACGAGUUCAUCGACGCGUCCCGCCUGGUCUACGACGGCGUGCGUGACAUACGGAAAGCCGUUCUUAUGAUCAGGACACCUGAGGAGCUGGAGGAUGACUCAGACUUUGAGCAGGAGGACUACGACGCCCGCAGCAGGACCAGCGUCCAGACAGAGGACGACCAGCUCAUCGCCGGACAGAGCGCCAGGGCCAUCAUGGCCCAGCUUCCUCAGGAGGAGAAGGCGAAGAUCGCCGAGCAGGUGGAGAGCUUCCGGCAGGAGAAGUGCAAGCUGGACGCCGAAGUGGCCAAGUGGGACGACAAUGGCAACGACAUCAUCGUCCUUGCCAAGCAGAUGUGCAUGAUCAUGAUGGAGAUGACGGACUUCACCAGAGGCAAAGGGCCCCUGAAGAACUCCUCUGAUGUCAUCAACGCCGCCAAGAAGAUUGCAGAGGCAGGCUCCAGGAUGGACAAACUGGCCCGCGCUGUCGCCGACCAGUGCCCUGACUCGGCCUGCAAGCAGGACCUGCUGGCCUACCUGCAGAGAAUCGCCCUGUACUGCCACCAGCUCAACAUCUGUAGCAAGGUCAAGGCCGAGGUCCAGAACCUGGGAGGAGAGCUCAUCGUCUCUGGGCUGGACAGCGCCACCUCCCUGAUCCAGGCGGCCAAGAACUUGAUGAACGCUGUGGUGCUCACAGUCAAGGCCAGCUACGUGGCGUCCACCAAGUACGCCAAGGUGUACGGCGCCGCUGCCGUCAACUCGCCUGUGGUCAGCUGGCGCAUGAAGGCGCCCGAGAAGAAGCCCUUGGUGAAGCGGGAGAAGCCCGAGGAGUGUCAGACGCGCGUUCGACGGGGCUCGCAGAAGAAGCACAUCUCGCCCGUCCAGGCCCUUAGCGAGUUCAAGGCCAUGGACUCCUUCUAA